AUGCCAUCUUGCCCUCCGAACUCUGACCGCGUGUUUGCGGUCAGAGUGGACCCAGAAUGCCGUGUAUUUGAUUUCACGCUUUUGUUUGAGGAUAUCAUAUUUUCGGUUGUACCUGCAAGCUUGUUCCUCUUCCUGGUCACACCGCAGAUCCUUAUCUGGCGAAGACAAACUAUCAAGCUGAGCUCUUAUCGACUUACUAUCGUCAAAUCGGUCACCCUGUUUUUCCUUUUGGUUCUGAACAUCGUCUUUCUGAUAUUUCGGCUGCGCAAUGAUGCUCUCUUCACGGAGAUCUCAUUGGCGUCCUCUAUUCUCGACGUCAUAGCCAUCGGCGCUGCGAUCGUAUUUUCUUUUCUCUCAGAUCAGCGUGCGGUCAGCCCCUCCCAUCUACUCACUUUGUAUUUCUCACUGGGCAGUAUUCUGUCUAUUCCAAGACUUCGCUCAUUAUGGCUCAUCCAUUCCGAUACGACCUGUCGGUCUUUAUGGACUGCGAUCUUCAUUUUCACAACACUAGCUGCCUUUGCAGAGUCAGCAACGAAAGAGUCUAUGUUACUGCCGGAAGUCAGAAACAAAGCAAGCAAAGAAGAACUUCAUGGAAUCUGGGGUCGAAGCCUUUUUUUCUGGAUAAACUCUGUUCUCAGGGAUGGAUACCGUGUCACCUUACAAGUGGAUGACUUGCCUGACAUAGAUGAAAAUCUAUGCAUCCCGAUUGCUGGGCAAAAGAUACAAAACGCAUGGGAUCAUGAGCAGGAUACUGAUGUACCAAAGAAGAAUCGUCUACUACGAGCAACUUUCCAAGCAUAUCUAUCAUCUUGCUUAUCUGCGAUACCCCCUCGUCUGAUUUUGAUUGCCUUCAAAUUCUGCCAACCAUUUCUGAUCACGGCCACAGUGAAUUAUGUUAGCAGCAGUCCAAACUCCAAGUCAAGUCCUCAUUACUUUGGACAAGGACUUAUCGGUGCCUACAUCCUUGAAAACUUCGGAAUGGCAAUUGCUACUUCGAUUUAUUGGCGCCAAGCCUUCCGCUUCGUUACAAUGAUUCGAGCAGGACUGGUCUCAAUGAUCCAUGAAAAGCUAAUGCGAUCAAGAACAGUGGAUGUUAAAGAGUCAGAAGCCAUUACCCAUAUGGAGGUUGAUGUGGAUCGGAUCGUCAAAAAUCUACACACUUUUCAUGAAACUUGGGCCUGCUUGAUUGAGAUAAUCAUUGCGGUCUGGUUGCUUGAGCGGCAGCUAGGAGCUACUUGUGUUGUACCCGCCCUUAUAUCAGUUUUAUCUGUUGUGGCUUCGAUUCCGGUGGCAAAACGAUUCAAAAAUAGCCAGAAGCUAUGGGUUCAGCGAAUUGGACGGAGAGUCAUUGUGACCGCAGGCGUCCUGAGAAAUAUCAAGGUGGUCAAGAUGCUGGGGCUAAACAAGGUAGUUUACGAUCUUGUGCAGGGAUUACGAGAGGUGGAGCUGCAGACAUCGCAUCGCUUCCGGAAGCUAUUGAUAUGGACAAUCAGUUUAUCCAAUAUACCAGCGGAUCUUGCACCAUUCGCAACUUUCUUGGUUUAUGCACUCGUCGCAAUCGUCAACGGAAAUGACUCUCUACUAUCCGCUCGUGCAUUUACUUCACUUUCUCUGAUCAGCUUAUUAACAAGCCCACUUCUGACAUUGAUUCAAAUUUGUCCUGGCCUAUUUCAAUCUGUCGCAUGUUUCGAUCGAAUCGAAGAAUUCUACAUUCAGAGCUUCCCCCAAGUUGAUUCAGAAGGCAAGCACAACAUCGAUAAGAUGAUAUUACAGACGCCAAAAGAGAAAAUAGAUGACGAUAUGGUUGUUCUCAACAAUGCAUCUUUUGCUUGGGAUUCUGGCUCGGAUCCGGUAUUGCAAAACAUUGAUCUGGUGAUAGAGAGGCAAUCGAUCUCUAUACUCACAGGUCUAACCGGAGCUGGAAAGUCUGCUUUGCUGGAAAGCAUUAUGGGUGAAACAACUCUUCUGGAAGGUACACUGUGGAUAAAUCCAACCGGAAUUGCCUACUGUCCUCAGGAAUCCUGGAUCCUCAAUGACACCAUCCGUAAUAAUAUCAUCGGAGGGACUGAAAUUGACGAAAAGUGGUACGACUUCACCUUGAAGGUCUGUUGUCUCAAAAGUGACCUUGAAAGGAUUCCACAUGGGGAUAUGUUCAAGUGCGGCAGCGGUGGCGUGGCUUUGAGUGGUGGCCAAAAGCAGCGUAUUGCGCUUGCUCGAGCAGUUUAUUCCAAAUCGGAUGUCAUUCUUUGUGACGAUAUAUUCUCCGGGCUUGACUCUAAGACACUUGGCUUGGUUUCAAAGCAAUUGCUAGGAAGCAAUGGCUACUUUCGGGAGGCGGGCAAGUCUGUCAUUAUAACCACACAAAAUCCUUGUCUAUUCCGUUUUGCGGAUAAAAUUUUCAGUCUCGAAGACAAAAGACUCACCAUUCAGACUCCUUCCUGUCAAGAGGUAUACAUCGAUGAGCCAGAAUCUCUAGAAGAGGAGCCUCUAGCCACAAUUUUGAAAGGGAAUAGCUCCCCCGAGUCCACAUCCGACAUUGAAGACGUGAUUUCCAUGAGCAAGAAAGAUGACCAAUCGAGACGUAAGGGAGGAAGUGGUAUCUAUCGCUUCUACUUGCAGAGGUCUGGUGUCGGUCUUGUUGUUUGCUUCAUUGGAGCUAUGAUUCUUGAGUCAGCUUGUGCAAAUGUUUCAUCUGUCUGGAUUCAGGAAUGGUCGAGUGCCGAUGAAAAAAAGCAGAAGAGUGAUAUUGGCAUGUAUCUGGGAGUCUAUGCAGCAUUCUUGAUAGCAUCUUCCUGUGGUUUAACUGCAGGCUGCUGGAUCAUCAAUCGAACUGCCAUACGGAUGCACUCAGAUCUUUUAAAGACAGUACUCGGUGCACCCUUUCAUUUGCUCUACAGCACCGACUUGGGAUCGCUAGUCAACCGAUUUAGUGAAGAUAUGACACUGAUUGAUAUGAAUCUGCCCGCGGACGCAAUUAACGCAGUUGGGAGUGCCGCGAGUUGUGUGACAAAAGUCGUUAUAAUCUGCAUUUUUGGCACGUAUUUCACUGCAUCAAUGCCUGUCUUCCUCCUUGCUUUAUGUCUGAUUCAAAUCUACUAUUUGCGCACUUCUCGCCAAAUACGACUCUUGGAUAUAGAAACAAAGUCACUCCUUGUCUCCCAUUUUCUGGAAGCAAUACAAGGAGUCACAACCCUUAGGGCACUCGGCUGGGGUUCCUACUUCCAGAGAACUUUCGAGAGUCACUUUCGGCACAGCCAAAGACCAUUCUACAUGUUAUAUUGUAUACAACAAUGGCUUACACUAGUUCUCGAUCUCGUUUCUGGAUCAAUGGCGGUUGUGCUUGUCGCAAUCACUGUAUCACUGCGUGGCAGCUUUUCUGGCGGCUCUGUUGGUGUUGCGCUAUACAUGAUCAUGACCUUCAAUCAAUCUUUAACACAGUUGAUCGAUACAUGGAUAUCAUUGGAGACUUCCAUUGGGGCAGUCUUUCGUGUCAAAACCUUCAUGCAGGAUACUCCAUCGGAAUCUCAAGCUGUUCUUGACACCAACUCUCUAGCCGCCCCCCUCCCAUCGUUCUCGAAAGGAGGCAUCAAAAUCAUUAAUUUAACUGCUUCAUAUGGUCCUUCCACCGCGCCUAUUCUCAAGGGUCUCUCACUUGAUAUCUCUUCGGGAGAGAAGAUUGCAGUAUGUGGAAAAUCUGGAAGCGGCAAAACAUCAUUGAUCCUUGCGCUUCUUCAGAUGAUGGAAAUUCAACAGGGGACUAUUGAAAUCGACGGGAUAAACCUGGAAGGAUUGGAGCCAGAUUCUAUCCGAUCGUCCAUGAGCAUUGUCUCUCAAGAUCAAUUUUUCCUUCCUGGGCCUGUGCGAUUGAACCUAAAUCCCCAUAAUGUUGCUUCGGACGAAAUCAUUGAACAGUCUCUCAAACUUGUUGGGCUAUGGGAUAGGAUCAGUUCUGGUGGAGGUUUGGAGAUGGAGCUGAAGAGUUCUGAAUGGUCAGUCGGGGAGAAACAGCUCCUGGCCCUUGCGCGUGCUAUGACCAUUCAAUCUCAUGUCCUUAUCUUGGAUGAAGCCACUGGAAGUGUCGACUUGGAGACUGAAGAGCUUAUGCAAAAGGUGAUAACGGAACAAUUCAAGCCGCAUACUGUUAUAUCCGUCCUUCAUCGAUAUACGCACAUUCGGCAAUUUGAUCGAGUUGUUGUCAUUGAGAAUGGAAUCAUCAUCGAAGAUGGCUCCCCAGAGACUUUGCUAGGAAAGGAAACGGAAUUCAGGAAGCUUUACGGUCUUGUGCAACAAUCGAAGAGUACUUGA